AUGAGUACCGAAAGUAAUAUUUUAGCAAAACGAUAAUUGCGCAUUGAUGUUGAUUCUUUGAUGCUGUUCGUUCACUAACAAAUACACCAAACGGCUAACGUGUCAUUUCCAACUUGCGAUACGUCUUAUUUUACGUGCAGAGAGCACGGAGCCAGAGAAAAGAUCAGGCGUAUUUUAUACCAUGAUUAUUCGCGACUAUCCUUGACUAAAUUACAAACUAAAAUUUACAUGCAUUUAUAUAAAAAUUGAUUGCUGAAGCUAUGACAUGCUUCGAAUGUUGUUGUAAGUGACAUGCUGAAUGUUGCGGAGCUGUGAAAGAAGCACGCAAAGGAAAAGUAAUUGGAAUGAAUGAAUGUAAUGGUCCUAGCAUAAAUAUCGAAAUAUUGUUACUACAAUAUGUUUGAAAAAGAUGUUUGAUUGGUUUCGAUCUGUGCCUGAAUAUGAUAUUCAAGUAUGACAUUCCUCCGCUUUCUGUCCAAUUUCAACAGAAAAACAUCUCUUAGAUAUACAGGAUGCUUUUUACUCCACUUCCUUUAUAGAAUAUAUCAAGGAGCCCCACUAAGAUUACACGAGAGUGGAUUGGAUCCAAAAGAGUACAGAUAGGUCUUGCGUUUACACGGAAACUGGCAGAUCCGUAUACUUUUGGAUCCGCUAUCCAAACUGUUUUGGGAUUGCUUUCAAAGGUGAUCCUGUAUGGAUCCGAUCUGGACCGGAUCCCGUGUAAACGGGUGGAUCUGGUCCAGAUCGGUAGUCCGUGGCUUUUUUGCACCAGGAAACCGAACAUCAAGUUGACAGACUACUGUGUUGAAGAAAUAUUACGAAAUGUUGAAGAUAUGUCGUUGUAAUUCUUCCUCAUAUUUUCCCAAUUCUGCCCACCUGCUAGCUUUGCAGUUUUGUAGUCCAAUACUACUUUUUAAAGUAGCACAGUUUCUUCUUCAGUCCACGAAAACUGACCCUUUUUAGCAUUACCUCCCUCCAUGUUCAGGUUGAACUGUGCUUUGAUCACGAAGUUCUGAAAAUGCCAUAUGCACACCAAUAUUCGAUAAGCCCAUGUGUGUAACCUGUUGAAUUCAUCUGGAUCCGUUUCCGUGUAAAUGCAAAUGGUUCUGGAUCAGAUCACCUGUAACCGCAUUGCCAUUUCAGGGAUCAGAUCCAAAAGUAUCGAGAUACUUGUGGAUCUGAUGUGGUCCAGGUCUCGUGUAAACGGGGUCUAAGACAUCGGUUUUGCCAAAUGAAGGUUUUGCCUACAAGAAACCAUCGUUGGAGAAACCAUGCCCAGGGGUAGAAAUUUUCCUUCUGAAAUCAUAGUUUCAUUCAUACUCAUUUCACAUUUUGUCGUUUUGUGCAAACAGUAUUGAUAAUGAAGCUAUCGGUCCACAAAGAGAUCAUCAAUAUAAAAUUGCAUUCAAGAUUAAAAAGCAUUGGCUAAGUUAAGUGCAUGCUGUAAAAUCUCGAAUUCAACAGCACUUUUGCUGAUUAGUCUUUCCUUUCUGUGGAUCUAAUCGCUGAUAGCUUCCUGUCGUCAUCAGUAAUCUUCUUGCUAAGAAAAUAAUGCGGUUCCGAAUUCCUUGAAAGGUAUAGCUUGAUUGCUAUGUAUUUUCAUAUUUUCCUGUUGAUGACCUUUUUUCAAUUGUUCACGAAGCGUCUACGGUUUCUAAAAUCUAGGUUUACUCCUUCUAGAAAAAGCAAACGAAAGCGAACAAGUAUUGAUAAUUUCAAAAAAUUUGUUUAAGAAUUCAAACAUAGGUGUCUACAGUUCCGAGUAAAAUAUUUUGGCUCUUACCAAACUCAUUUGAGCAUGCUUUAAAUUCUCUUUGUGUUCAUCAGGCACAAAUCGAAAGAAAUCGUCAAUAUGUUAUAUAUUAUUCUUUAUCACUCCACAACCGACAAAAACAUACAUUCUUUCGCAAGCUGUGGGCGCUGUCCCUCUUAAUGUGCGGAUAUUUGCUUUUGAAUAACUUCAUUGCAUCUUAUUUUUCCAUGCCGGAAUCGGAAUUCAAAUUUUAGUCUACUGGUUCUAUACAUGUUUAUAAUUGACCUGAGUAUUUCACCAAUCGGUAAAAUGAAUAUGUUUCCUCAUGCCACCAAGAAGAUUUCCUCAAAGGCUUGGCAAACAUUUUGCUCUUCAAGAAACCUAUCAUGAGUUAAAGAAUGCUGCGGGAACGCCCUUUGCAGAAGAAUGUCCGAAUUAGCUCGUUUUCCCCUUUAAUAACAUGAUGUUAAAAUCUUUUUUUAACCUGUCGCUUGCUUCCAUUUUUCACAUUGUGCGAACGGUUUCGCUCCUUAAUGAGGCAUCUGUGUCGUCUCUUUGCAAGGCACCUCUGUGUCAAAGGGAUCUUGAGUCUCAGUUUCAGAAGAAGAUCGCUGUAAGGAUUCAUUGAGUCCAAAUCCCACCUCUUAUUCAGGAGACCUUUUUCGCCUUAUUAUGCAUGCCUCUUUCAUAAUUAAUAGGAUAUGACUGUAUCAUAUCACAAGGCCUCGCUUGCUAUUCAGUACGCUCAGAGAUCGCACCUUUAUAUGUUGCUCAGUGGCAGCGAGGGUUCGAAUGCUGCGAAUAAAAUCAUUACUCGCCAGUGGUUUUCGAUUCAGUUUAUUGCAAGGCCCAUAUUAAGCUGCUUCCAUGCGGGCAAAUCUGGUUCGUCUCAAAUAAAGCAAGGGAGCUUGCACCUGAGCCUAUGCUGAGAGAUGAUUGAGUAUCGAUAAACAUUGUUGCCCUGUGCUUUUGUAAUACUAAGUGCUCUGUUAAUCUUUGCGUCGCAAGGCCGAGUGAGAGAAAUGCUACAAUGAAACCAGGUGAUGGUUGGGGAGAACGCGAAGUUUUCUUCAUGCAGAUGUUCACUUCAAUCAAUAUAUAGAAAAUGAGCUUCUUCCGAACAACUGAUUGCAGCCAUUGUUGUUUUAAGUGUUUCAAGAAAAGGCUUUUGUGGUAUUCCGGUUAUUUAGAGAUGUUUCGAGGAUAAAACUACCGACAAAACAUAGACAAGAACAAUUUUCUCUUCCACGGCAAGACGUGCUGCUGAUUUUGUAACUGAUAAUGGCGAACAGCACUGUCACAUAUUCUGUGCCUUUAACUGAAACAGAACGAGUAACUGCUGGUGUUGCGACGGCUAUUAUCGCAUUUGCAGCCUUAGCGGGUAACGGCCUUGUCUUCUGCGCCUUCUGCAAAUUCAGAAAACUCCGUACGCCAACAAACUAUUUCAUUUUGAAUCUUGCUGUCUUUGAUUUCCUUGUUGGGUGCCUUCCGUUAUCGUUUUGGGCCUCAUAUUUGCUAACUGGGAAACCAAGAAGAAAUUCAACAAGCUUCGACUUUGUGUACUGGCUGUGGGAAGGUCUAGAUGUAUUAUGCGGCUUUGGUUCUGCAACCAGUUUAUCAUUUAUCGCUGUUGAUCGAUACAUUUGCAUAAAAGACGCUCUCCGAUAUCAUUCGCUCGUCACUGGUACAAGAGUCAAUAUAUGUCUUGCAUUGAUUUGGCUGUAUUCUUUAAUUCCAGUAUGCCUCUCGUAUCUUAAGACUACUGGAUUCAUCUCCGGGGCUGUCUUCCGUUAUUACAUAUUCAUUGCAGGACUCGUUAUCCAGGUAUGUGUAAUGGCGUUCUGUUACCUAAAUAUCUUUCUCGAGACUGUGCGUUUAAGUAGACAAAUGCAGAAAGUACAGAGACUUGGAAAAUUCUCCUCAACAGUUGGCGCUGCUAAGUCAGGCUACGGUAACAGCCAAGCAGACAUGAACAGUUCCAGUGCUAUAACCAAAAGAAACGACCCCGAAUGGAAAGUGCCUGAUUCUUAUUUGAAUGAUAGUCAAAGUGUGGGUCAAAGUCAGAGGGUCUCAGAUGUUCCUACUAGAGAUGUAAAUUGGUGUAGGAGCAGUGGCUGGGACGAAGUUGAAACAAUACAUUUGAAGUCCCUCAAAACGCAAUUUGGAACGCAUCGCACGACUGAUAACAGUGAAGUAAACAGCAACAAAGCUGCGGAAUUGAAAGCUGCGAGGACUCUAAAUUUUAUAAUGGGGGCUUUCUUACUUACAUGGACGCCUUUUAUCGCAACUGUAAUGCUGUUCCAGUGGCAUCCGAAACUUGUGACGUUUAAGUUGUCCGUUGUAACCAAAUGCUUGCACUACUCAAACUCUGGAGUUAACCCCUUUCUUUAUACUGUGUUGAAUAAGAACUUCAGAAAAGCAGUCGUUAGUCUUCUGCUUUGUAGAUCAAGCAGAAGUAAGGAUUUUUAGAAUACAUACUAAUUUAACCCUGUACACGUCGAGCGAGACCAAGCGAGUUUCCUUUGCUUAAGAAAGUCCAGCUUCUAACGACCAAAAUAACCCAGAAUUGUUCUAGUUAGUGAUAAAAGCAUGAAACUUUCACAGAUUACUGAUGACCCUUUGGUUAAUGAAUCCUGAUAAAGUGCCAAGUCAACUUAAAUCUGGAGCUGAGAUCUGCGCAUGCCUCCAAACAUGCGGCAUGGAACGAGACUUUUUGUAAGUCGAACAAAUCUUUGGAUUGUUUUAUUUUUGUAUUAAAGACGCCAAAGGGCGUAAAAUGAAAUGUUUUCGGUAUAUAAAGAAUCAUUUAACCAACCAUUUAAAAGCAUUGAUAUUUCAAUUUCUCAAAAUUUUUCUUAGAUUGCUCUUUAUUUAAGUCAUGUACUUGCUAGGUUUUGUUGAACCGUUUCAAUUUGUUGUCUUCUUUUUGUUUGAAUUUAGAGUAGUGCGUGUACUUUCUUGUUUUUUAUUUAAAACUGAAAAAAACUGCUUCAUUUGUAUAUGUCAUGCUACCUGAUCACUUCAAAGUUAGGUUUUCCGCCUACGUUUCUAGGUCUUAUGCGCCUGUAAGAGCAAGGGCUGAAUCCAUGUUAUAAAGCUUAUUUUGAAUAGCAACAUCCGAUGGUUAUCUAUUGAUUGUUCAGUCCUUUGACACAGAGAACGGCAAAGAAGAUGAAAAUCACACGGGUCUUUAAAUUUUGAAAAUGUUUUCAUUAGAACUUAUAUCAAUGACUCAGUUAUUAUCAUUCAAAUUCUGAUAGCAGGUUUUCAGACAACUGCUAAGAAGUAUCAACAAAUCAAGUUUAUAUUAGAAUUUUCCGGCUGUUUGAUUAAAUACGACAAGUGCUGGCCGUUCAGCAGCCACUUUUUUCAACUCUGAGCAAGAAGAUGCGCACAAGUCUCUAACCCAACUGACAUAAUUUUUGACGUAACGUGCAUUAGUAUGAAGUAUGUAGCAGAUGAAAAUGGUUUUUGAGUACGAAUGUUAUAUAACUGUAUAAUCGGUAACCUUGCAUCACUGUUAAAUACAGGUAAAAUAGGUUGUCAAAGAUAUUUGAAAUAUGUUUUAUAUUUCACAUCAUAUUUGAACUAGAAGUCCAUUUGUUGGUUAUUCAAGCUGCGGAAGACAAGAAAUGAAAUGAUAUCGCGAAGAAGCCGCCUCUCGUGAAUGGAUGUACCAAGUAUUAAUGUUUGGGAGAUAUUAAGAUUGACAAGUGGUUUAGGCCGUCACCAUGUCUAGCUGCAAGCAGCAUUUCAAAACAUGAUAUUUUAAGGUUGGUCGAAAGCUCAAUCGAAAACAUUAACACCAUAGAUUUAAACACAAUAAGAUCCUAGGCAUUGUCCAAAAGCUUCAAAUAAACAUUAUGGCCAAGUAGUUACUAUGCGUUAAUUUUGAUACAAGAAAGGUUUCUUGAUGUCUUAAUGUCUCAUUCAAAGUGAUCAACCACUUUUCACUGUUUUUCACUUCAGGCUACUGUCACCAACCUAUAAUACUGAUUUAAUAUUUUGCUUAUCCUGCUGUUCAGAAAAGAUAUCUCUGUUUUUAGUUGUUAAUGUUAUUAAAAUUUUGCACCUUUUUCGUUUGCAAAUCUGCAAGAGUCUAAAGUUUUUCUGGAUCUACCCCUGAACUGAACUGCUAAUUUUUCUUUUUCAAUUUCACAAAGUAUGUUGCAAAAUCUUUGACGACGUUUAUUGAGCAUGAAAUUAUUUGAGAGAACUUUUGAAUCUAUGAUUCAUUUUCUAAAGAAUAAAGAAUUAAUAAAAAAAUAAUCACUUUUAUCACUAAAAAUCAAAUUAAUCACACACAAAAUUGAUUUAAUCACAGAUUAAUCACUAGUGAUUAUUAAUCUUGUACACCCUUGUCAAGAGUGAUUUGCCCCUCGAAUAUGCUCUCACAAUUUACUUUAUUUAUGAUAUCUUAUUUCAGCUUCUUCCCAUUUUUGUAUGCAGGAUUGAAGAUCGAUAAUUAAACAAUAUGAUAAAAAGGAUUCAUGAACAAGCACUUCGAGUCAUAUGCAAAGAUAGCACCCAAAACUUUGAUCAGUACUUAACCUAACAAUAUCAGUGCCUGCAUCUGAGAAAUUUAGAGCUGCUUUUGAUUGAAAUAUAUAAAUUCAGCAUAAGAUGUUGUUGCUACUAGAUGCAUACAAUGUGAACUUCAAUAAAAA